CACUUCAUUCAUUUAUCGCAGAACAAUAUUUGCUUUUACAUCUCAAUUUCACAUUCAUUAAUCAUCAAGAAACCAAAACUCGACCUAGAGAAAACACAUUUUGAUCUAACCAUUGUAAAAAAUGGCUGAAGAAGAUCCUAAAGAAAAGGCUGAUCGAGAGAGAAUUUUCAAGCGGUUUGACACCAACGGCGAUGGCCUAAUUUCUGCAACCGAGCUAGGAGAUGCAUUAAAAACACUAGGCUGUGUUCAACCAGAUGAAGUGAAGUUUAUGAUGGCGGAGAUUGAUACCGAUGGUGAUGGCUUCAUUUCGUACAAGGAGUACUUGGAUUUUGCUCUAGCUAACCGUGGUUUAAUUAAGGAUGUUGCCAAGAUAUUUUAGUGGCAAUGUUCAUCUUCAAUUUUAUUAAUUUGUUUAUGCCAUUCUCUUUAAUGUGUUGUGUGUUUCUGUUUUAAUUCAAUUUUUCUUGAAUAGAAAUGAUUUGGUAGUUGGACUGUAAACUUCUUAUUUUCCCAUACCAUACAUAUGGUACCAUUUGUUUAAGUGUACACAUGCCAAAUGAUAUCUUGGUAUAUUUAUUUAUUUAUAUAUGAGUUGUGCUCGCAAAUGAGAAACUGAAA